AUGGGUACAAUGAACAGAAUGAAGAGCCUGGUCGGGUUGAACGGGCGGGCGACUAACCCGAUUGGGAAUGGUUCGGCCAACCACAUCGAUUACAUCCACGACAGCCGCGCUGCACUCGAAUUCGAGCAAGACGCGAUUGAAGACCAACCCACCCAACUUAACGACUGCGCCGCCAUCAUCGAGGGCGACACUACUCCCUCCCCUUCCAAGGGACCUUCAGCACGUGGGCAUCGCCGCCGUUCUACCCACGUCACUCGCCGUGACCUUGAGAAGUUUCAGAAGGAGGUCCUGGGCGUCGAAAACCACGCUUCCUUUUACGACGAGGAGAACGGCACCGCACAACCUAUCGAUCCCAACGAUCCCGAGCUUGCAGAAUUGAACCGUGCCUUUGACGCUUCCUUAAUGUCGAUGAAUAGCGGUACAGGAAUGGCCGGCAAUCCGCCGGCUGGCAUGUUCUCCGGUUACGUGGACAACUCUGCCGGAACCCCUAACAUGGGCAACAUCCCUCGACAAUCCAUCUCACCCGCACCCCUACACCCCGCAGCCCAAGUCAACGGAGGCGGCAUGGCAGUGAUGAAUGGAAACGGUCCUAUGAAUGCGGGUCACCAGAUGGAUCUGCACCAUCUCUACGAUAUGGUUCUGGAGCUGAGCGAUGUUCUGAAGAAUAACCGGGAGGUAACAAAGAACAUCGUAUCAAGUGCGGAAGAAAUUAUGAAGCAUGGCUCCUCUGAAGGUGCUAGUGCAGUGAUACAACAGCUUAAUGGUGACAUGGCAGCUGCCCGAAUCGCCGAACUCGAACGCGCCCUCGUCAAAGAGAAACGACAGGUUGAAGAUCUUAAGCGUGAACAAGUGGAAAACACCAAACUCAUCGGGGACUACGAAGCCGGCGUUGGCACAAUGGUGGAGCAGAUUCGCAACUAUUGUCAAAACAACAAUAUGCAUUUCCUACACCAGAAGAGUCACUACAACAAUCUCCUGCAGCUUGAGCGGGAUUCCCAUCUGGAGAGUCGACUGGAUCGCGAUUAUUGGCAUGCCCAAACGAUGCGAUGUGCAGAGAUGAUCCGGAAAGCCCACCAGUUACGAUCGGAAGAGGACAAGUUACCCAUACGGGUCAUCGCGGGGCUCCAGAACGAGGUUCGCGCAUACCGCCAUGCACUUGGAAUGGAGCCCGAGAAGCCCGAAGAGGAGUACGGGUGGGAGAUCCUAAAGGAUCUCUCUGUGGAAUAA